CAAUACGUUUUAUAAUUCAAAUCGUCAAGACAUGGAACCUAAGAUUUUAGACAAUCAAAACAUAGAACCUGAGGUAUUAAACAAUUAUGAUGCAGAACUCGAAAUAUUAGCAGCAUAUGAUAGUACAGAUGACUUUUCUGAUAUCGAUAUUGAUAAUAUUAAGGGUCAUGGAAUACGAAUCGGCGGUGGUGGAAGAGUAAAUACAAAAACUAAAAAAAUAAUAAAACGAUCAUAUUUGUGUCGCCAUGCUGGAAAGCCAGCAAAAUCAAGCGAAGUGUCUUGUCGAGUAGAAUGCCUGUGGAAAGUUAAUUUUUGGUUCAAAAAUGAGAAAAAUUGUAUUGAAGUCACGACUUUUAAUAAUGAGCAUGUGGGUCAUGAGCUUAAUCCACUAGCAAGCUAUUUCGAUCCAACAUUACGCAAGUUACCUAAAGAAAUUGUAGAAGAAAUUCGUUUUUUAACAACCAUUGCAAAGGCGGAUGCAACCAUGCAGUAUAGAAUAAUUAGAGAAAAAUAUAAUGUUAGAAUAUACCGACCGGAUCUGUACAAAACAAUUCAAAUGUUCCGGCGUGAUUCUGAACCAGGUGAAGAUGACGCAGGAAUGUUUUUAGCAGAGGAAAAAUUUAAUGAGAGAUGGGAGAAACUACUGCAAGAUUAUCCACAAGCUAGGAAUUAUUUAAUGAGGUCUUUGGGCUGUUGUAUUAAAUCGUGGGCACGUGCAUUUACCAGUAGAUAUUUCACAGCCGGUGUACAAUCAACUUCCCGUAACGAGGGUGAGAACUCAGCAUUAAAACGUCUUUUUGGGAGUUCAAGUCUUUCAUUAUGCGAGCUAUUUGAGGCCUUAGAAGAAAGGUACCAAGAAGAAAUCGAUUACUGCAAGUUUGUAAGCUGGAAACAAACUAUUCCACAAAUAGGACCAAAAAAUGUGGCAAAAACUAUUUUUGAACCCGUAGUACGACAACUAAACGAGUUUGUAAUGCCAAACAUAAUGAAAAAACAGGAGGAGCAAAUGAAUUUGAGCUUUUAUUAUCAUGCUAUUGAGGUUGAUCUUGAAGUUAUAUUCUCUAGAGAGAGGGAAGUUGAUGAAUCCGAACAAUGUAUUGAUAACUUGUUUGACUGCCCACAAAUGCAACUGAAAUCAUUUCUAAACGAUUUUUCAAUAAUUGUUGAAUCUUGGGAAGUUAUGCACUUAAUAAGUUCUGGCACUUCUCAUUUUGCACAUAUUUUGCCAACACAAUUUUUGCAUAGCGAAUUCGACACUAAUAUAGCUGAAGAAUUUGCAAAUAAUAACCAAUCUCCUGAUGAAAUAUCUAAGGCUAUUUCGAAAAAGCGCAAGUUUGGUGAACUUUGGGGAUUAGGAAGAAAAAUAAUGAUUAAUGCAAUUGAGAAUAGCAGUGAAGAACUUUAUCAUGAACUUCUUGGAUUUUUUACCUCAAUCCAAAACAGAACAUUGCCGCGGAGAGUUAUUAGCAAAGUUAAUGAUGGUAAUGAAUUUAGCCAUAAUAUUAACAAUAAUGGUUGUAUGAUAGAUAUUCGAAAUCCUGUUAAAAGAAAAUCAAAAGGUCGUCCAAAGUCAAAAAGAAUUGCAAAUACCUUUGAGAAGUCCGAUACAAAAAUGAGUUACAAGUGCAAGUUAUGCAAAAAAAAGGGGCAUAAUAGCAAAACUUGCAAAGAAAAAUCAAACAUUUAUGCAAAUAAUACAAAUGGUGAAAUUGAAAG